AUGGAAACGUGCAAGCUGAAACUCUUUCUUUUCUCCUUGCUCGUGUGCCUCUUCGUGAAGAUCACCUUCUACAAACGAUUCCGAUACACUUUUUACCGAAAUUAUGAAGAACAAAAAUUGUCCCUCUACUCUGAGGAAUCCUUUUACUUCUCCUUCUAUGAUGACAUCGUGAAAUCGGAGAACUACCUGGAGGGCAUAAAGUUGCUCAUACACGAUGACAGGAGUGAGUACCCCAACACGAUCAAUGCCAUUCGGCGCUUCAACAUUUACCCCGAAAUUGUCCUGGGGAUAGCUUGGAGGAUGUUCAAUUUAAAGGAGAGCUUCUUGACACCUUUCAAUUUUUACGUCUACGCAGUUUUGCUCUCCCAGGCUGCCAGCAUCAGUGUCUUAUUCUUUUUCGCCGUUUAUAUGGGACGAUCCUACAUUUCAGGCGCUAUCUUUUUAAUGCUUUUUUUUUCUUGCUAUAGAGAGAAAUUCAUCAUGCGAUUAUCAGCGUUUCCACUGAGAGAAAACUUCUCGUCAGUCUACAUGUGGUGCAAUAUCCUACUCAUUUAUGCCAUUUUACGGGAGAGGAAGAAACAAAGUACCGCUUACCUGGUUUGCCUCUUCCUGUCGUCCUUCCUUUUUUUCAUAACCUGGCAGUUCUCCGUUUUCGUGACACUGACCCAUGUAGUGGCUCUCUUCGGACUAGAUCUACUCGGAUUUCAGAUUCAGAAGGAGCUCCAGAGCAUCCUCAUUAUCUUAUCCUUCUCCUACGUAGUUUCCAUAGUGGCAACCUUCUUCCCACGUUAUUUGAUGUGCACCUACCUGCCAUUCGUGUUGGCCGCGCUGAUCAUCACGAAUGUGAUUUACCGAAGGGGAGGUGGCAGUACACAUAAUGGAAGACUUGAACCCGUUUCUAACCGAAAGGAAGAUGCUCCUCGUGGGAUAGACCCCUCUUGUACAACAUUGCCCCUCCAGUUUCCUCCCGUACGAAGCCAAGUGGUGUUCAUGCUGAAAAAGGGGUUCACGUCUAUAGUGAUUUUCCUGGUUCUUCGACUGAUUACCAUUGGAAUGGAGAAGGAUGAUUCGCACGUUCUGUCUCUUCUAAAAGUUCGUCUGCAUCUAAGUAGCCACAAUUUCGAUAGCAUGAUCUACAGUUUGGGUUCAGAAUUCAAUCCCUUUACCAAGUACAUGUUUAGAAUGAUAAAGGAGACAUCACUCCUCGAAUACUUCCUCCUCCUUAACUUGAUUCUGCUCCUCUAUGUGGUGAAUUAUUUUAUACACGUUUGGAGAGCUACACGAGGGGGAGGAAACGACAAACAUGCAGGGCUCGAUGGACAAGCAGGGCGCGAUGGACAAGCAGGGCGCGAUGAACAAGCAGGGCGCAAUGUACAAACAGGACGCAAUGUACAAACAGGACGCAACAAAGGCGUUCGCUUCGACGAGUUGCCUCCCUACGACAAAGGGGUAAAGGUUCGCUUCGAAGUUUUCCAUGCGCAGUUCUUCUACCUGGUCAUCCAAUUUAUAUUUUUCGCCCUGCUCAUGAUGAUCAUCUCUCGGUUGCGUGUCUUGGCCCUUCCGCUGAUGUGUCUACUUAGCAGUCUAGUGGGUUCUCCACAUCUGCUUGGCGACAUAUACAGCAUCACAAGAGAAAAUUUCUUUCAACUGAGGGCGAGCAAGAAGAACUUGUCCAGCCUCGUCAUCCAAGGGAUCUGCCUCCUCGAAUGCGCGUACCCAUUUGCAAAGUAUUUCCCGACCAACGAGUACAUCAAUCUCGCGGGGAAUGAUCCUGUCAACAUGGAGAAGAACAUGGAUCUGAUUGUGUGGCUUCGGCAAAAUUUGAAGGAAGGUGAAGCGAUCAUUACAGACAUUCCUACAUCUAGCUUCCUUAGAUCCACAACCAACUUUAAAAUGGUUCUGAACCCACAAUACGAAAAUGUAGCCAUGCGAAGGAGAGUGCAAGAUUAUUAUAUGUUCUCCUCAUGUUUACCUUUCAGUGAUGCAAAAAGGUACUACAAGGAUAAAUACAAGGUCCACUAUUUCGUGGCAAAUGUUUUCAGAUGCGCUUCUACAUCUACCCAAGUGCCUAAUGUAUUCAGCCUUGCUGAUUUUGUGGGUUCUAACUAUGCCAGAUGUAGACACAAAACAAGUAUGAGGUUCUGCCAGCGAGUGCUCUAUGACGACAGGAAUUAUAAGACCCUCUAUCGAAACGGAAAGUUCAGUGUUAUUUAUUUUGAUCCCAUAGAUGAUAUAAUCGAUAAUUCUCCUUAUGAGCAGUUCGAUGAGGGGAAGUACGCUGAUAUCAGCUUCUACAUGCCUUGGAUUUCCAGAUGCAUGAAAACAGAUUUUAAGUGCCAGAAACAUAUUGUAGAUGUAGCUAGGUCCCACCUCGAUAUUCUCAGGUACAACAAAAUUGGAUUUGCACUUUACCAGUUCGUGGAGCGAACGUUCCUCGCCGGUGCAAAUCCAGUUCCUUUCAGGGAGGGUGAUCUUCUCUCCGUGGGUACCCAUACUUCUGACGAUCCAAACCAACGGGGGCAUAGCCUGGAGGCCCUUUUCCACCUGGCGGAGUUUUACGACUACGACAUGCGCAACGCGAAGAAGGCGGGCGAGUUGUACAAGAAAGCCAUUCACCUGAUCACUUUUCCCAGUGGAUUCGACAUACCUGAUCAAACUGACAACCCCUACGUGACCGUUCCCGCCUCGGUCCCCUUUGUCCCUAUCUCGAAACGCAUUCAGAUGAUUACGUCGUACAUCUACUUCUUGCUAGAUACGGUUUCAUCCUAUGGACAGGCCGACAUUCUCAAUCUGUACAAGAACAUGGACCUCCUUGUGGUCGUGGCGGGUUCUGCGCUGGAAGACGGGUUCUACUACGAAGCGGAUGCGCCUCGAAUGAAGAACCAGCUCACCAGGGGGGAAUCACCCACCCCUACAGCUGCGUCUCCAACGGAUAAUCUACACGCCGCCCAAAUGAUAAAAAGAACAUUCAACGCAGGGGAUCUAGACUCAUCCGUAACUCUCCUUUGCGAAAAUGCAACCUACCUCUACAAAAUCAGAAGAGAAAACCCAGAGUACAUUUCUAUUUAUAAAAGAAUGUGGACGUUGGCUAAGCGCAUCUCUCAUAUGAAUGAAUGUAUUUUGAGCAGUUAUCAUAUUUUUGAGGGAAGGCGAAUUGGGUUCCUGGAUUACUUGGCCUUCUUCUACCUCUACCGUUGA